UUUCAAAGGCUUCUUUCCAAGUGACAGAUGCCAUUACUAAAGAUGAUAGAACACCCAUUGUGAUAGUAAUUCCUGGCUUAACAAGUGAUUCUGCCUCGGCUUAUAUAAAACAUUUUGCAUUCAAGAUGGCAAAUUGUGGUUGGAAUGUUGUUGUCAGCAAUCAUCGGGGGCUAGGCGGAAUAUCAAUUACUUCUGAUUGCUUCUAUAAUGCUGGGUGGACAGAGGAUAUACGUAAAGUCAUUGAUCAUCUCCACUGUAAAUACCCAGAAGCUCCUCUUUUUGUUGUUGGAACUAGCAUUGGUGCCAAUAUUCUG